UACUUCCAACAGAAGCUAAAUGAUGUAAUAUAAGCUAUUAUUUUAUCUAAAAUGUACGUGAAUGUUUGCCUGUGUGGUAAGAAGAGUGACUUUAUUCGGAGGUAAAGUUUCCACGAGUUCAGACAAGGACAACAAGCAAGUGCAAUAUGCCUGAUGAGAUGGCCAGGCCUUUAAUCCGAGGCAGAGGUGAAGGAGGAGGCUCCAGACAUCUUGAAGCCUCCAUGUCUGAAUCUGGCGAUCCAGUUGUUGGCAUUCUGGGUACGGGCGACUUCUCCCGCUCGCUGGCGAGAAGGCUGGUGGCCUCCGGCUACCAAGUGGUGGUGGGCAGUCGCACCCCCAAACGCUCUGUGGCUCUGUUCCCUGAGGAGGCCGAGGUGACAUCCCAGAUGGAGGCAGCCAGCCAGGCAGACCUGGUGUUUGUCGCUGUGUACCCUGAGCAUCACUCCACUCUGGUGGACCUGAAGCCGACACUAGCUGGAAAGACACUGGUGGAUGUUAGCAAUGGUUUGAGAAUCAACCAAGAGGGGCCGUCGAAUGCCGAACAUCUGGCCGACCUGUUUCCAGAGAGUUCUGUAGUUAAAGGGUUUAACACCAUAUCAGCCUGGGUGCUGCAGACGGGACCUCGGGAUGGAAGCAGGCAGGUUUUCCUCUGCAGUGAUAGCAGCAAGGCCAAGAGAUCGGUGAUGCAGCUCUGUCGCAGAAUGGGCUUUGUCCCUGUUGAUAUGGGCCUCCUCUCCUCUUCUCUGGAGGUUGAAAACCUCCCCCUCUAUCUAUUUCCCUCCUGGCGCAUCCCAGUCCUCUGCACCCUGUCCCUGUUCAUCUUCUUCUACCUGUACAACUUCAUCCGUGACGUCCUGCAGCCCUACAUCACAGAAGGGAAGAGUGUUUUCUACAAAAUGCCUAUUGAGACUGUUAAUGUGACACUUCCCUCGGUGGCCUUGGUGAUGUUUUCCCUGGUCUACCUGCCUGGUUUGUGCGCCGCUUUCCUCCAGCUGUCGCGGGGCACCAAGUACAACCGCUUCCCUAAAUGGCUGGACCGGUGGCUCAUCACGAGGAAGCAGUUUGGACUCUGCAGCUUCCUGUGUGCGGUUCUACACGCCAUCUAUAGUCUGUGUCUUCCCAUGAGGAAGUCUGCCCGCUACAAACUGCUCAACAUGGCACAACAGAUGAAAGGGGACUCGUGGGACGACGGGGAGGUGUGGAGGAUGGAGCUGUACCUCUCGGUGGGCAUCAUGGCCCUUGGGCUGCUCUCGCUGCUGGCUGUCACCUCGCUGCCCUCAGUGGCCAACACUGUCAACUGGAGGGAGUUCAGCUUCAUACAGUCCACGAUAGGUUACUGCGCCUUGUCCAUGGCCACCCUCCACACAAUGCUCUAUGGCUGGGACCGUGCCUUUGACCCGGCCCAGUACCGCUUCCACCUCCCCCCGACCUUCCUGCUGGUCCUGAUUCUUCCACUUGUGGUUCUGCUCGGCCGCCUGGCUCUCUUUGUGCCCUGCGUGGCCCGGCGGCUCGGACAGAUCCGACGCGGCUGGGAGAAGAGCCGGCACAUCCGCUUCACCCUGCCGGACGAUGACUGCCGCAACGGGAUGGAGGAUGUCAGUCAUGUGUGACUGUACAGACAUGCAUAUGAAGAUCCAGACAAAAGGUAUAAAAGUAGAGCUCCUUAUGCGUGCACUCAUUAAUAAAAACACCGCUCACACAGAAGAUAAAUGAUUUAUACACCCUUGGAAUGUAUUGAAGGCUUCUCUCUAAAGCCCAUUGAGAGAUUUCAGAGAUGUUUCUUUUCAAUAAAUUAGCUGGUUGUUCUUUAGAGAUAUUUGACCAGUAGAGCCGUCAAUCUUAUUGCACUUCUUAUUGUCAAUAAUGAGUGUUUAUUUGGUCCUUUUUUAUGCUUUUUAUUUUAAUUUAUUGUUGAGAUUUUAACUCUAUUUGAAGCUUCAACCCAGAACUGAAGAAAAGCAAUAUUAGCGUCUUGUUUAAUUUAUGCAGUCACUGUUACAAUUCUACUGAACUUGCUUUAACUGAAGCACUACAACUGAAUUUUGUUGUAGUCCAUUGAGUCUUUUUAACAAGAUUUCUUCACUGAUCAACAGAAAAUGCUUGGCCUUCUGCUUGGCAUAUGCAUUCCUGUCAGCUGAAGGUUUUUUUUUUUUCUGUGUGCACUUCAAGACUGCUGCGCAGAUUUUUGUCAGCCAGCCUUCAACAUAGCCCAUCAUCCUGUAUUGUCAUGUGUUAAAUUGAACCAAACAUGGUUUCACGUUUUAUGAUAUUUUUCAUUGGCGUAAGUGUUUUAUUUUCUUUUGACAUUUUCUUUUCCAAAUACUUUCGAUGUGCUGUCAUUCAUCAAACUAUUAUUGACUGUAUGAAAAUGAUUGGGGUGGGGGAAAAACGAACUCCCCCUAAUAUCUCAAAAUGUACAAACCAUUCUUGAACUGGUUCAAGUCCUGAAACUGUUAACAACUAAAAGAGGCUAUUAUACAGAUUAGAAGUGAAAUUGGCAAUUACCAUGUGUAUGCAGUGAUCUCCUUUAUAUUGUAGAAAAGAAAGCUUUAAUGAGGCGCUCUAUGCUAGAGGUAACGUUAAAUCUAGCUCCAAGCCUAUUCUGUUUCUCAAAUCCCUGGUACAGAAAUAUGAUUGCUUUUGACUGAAAAUGGCAAAAUGCCAAAAUCCUUUAAAAGACGCAGCACAAAAUAAAGCCAAGUAUUUUCAUUUCAGACUACACCUCCUCCUUAAUAAUCUUUGUACAGUCCCUUACUCAGGUGUUUAUGAAAACUUAAAGGCUAAAGCAUUGCUACUGUAGCAGCUGUCACACUCGACUGCUAUGUUUUGGCUUGCAUUGUUUUCUUGGUGUGUUUGCUUUAUGUUUUUGUUUUUGUUUUUAUGUACUGAACUCACCUGCUGAUAAUCACCCAUCAGUACAUAUUUGACUUAAAAAAAAAUCAAUAAGCUGUUACAGAACUUUUUCAUUGUGAUCAAACCAGUUGUUGAUUUCAGCUAUUUUUGUUUUGUUAUUACAUUAGUUUGUAUUUUCUCAGUUGUUGAAAGAUGUUUUCUGACUCUAAAUUAAAAUGUCAUAGUAGUGUUCUGACAUUCAAGAUGUGUCUCUUACCACAAAGGCAUGAAUGUAAAGAUCUCAAACAGAAACAGAAUAAAGCAUUUUUUCUAGAUCAUGA